GUUUCUAGUGUUGUGAACGCGUCGCCACCGUCGUGCGUUGGACUCGAUUCAAACCCAUCUCACGUGCAUCCCCCGGUUUGAAGCCUUGCGCCUGCGCGUAAAGGCGCCGAGAGCUUUCCAAGUGCUGAAAUGAAGGGAAAAAAGGCGUUCCUUUCCCAUUCCUCCACAGCGGAGUUUCCUCUACCUGAGGAACACGUUUCUCCUCAGUGAGUAAGGACCCGGUCACCCGUCAGGACGCAGAGACGCGCGGUCGCCAAACGGAUUCCAAACCACCGCGUCAGGCGACGUCGCCACACGCGACGUGAUGGUUCCGCUCACCUGCUGCCGCUCAGCGGUCCGCUUCUCCCCGUCGGAGUUUCCUCAAAACUAAACAAUGAUUCGGGGCUAUAUCCUGGAGUGUCUCCUGCGUUUUUAUUUCACACAGAAACAUUUGAGAACCGUCGACUCGGUCAGGAGGAAGGCUGCGUCCCGGGGUGGAUUAUGUUUCUGACUGACGCCAACAUAUGGAAGAAAUUAAGAAAUUAAGACCUCCAGAAAACCUAAAGGAAUGAAUCGCUUCUUCGUACAAGUCCUGACAGCUUUAGUUGCAUGUUUUAUGGAGACCAUCAAGUUCAGGUCGGUCGAUGCCAAGGAACACGAGUCCCGAGCAUCGAACAUGUCUCCGUCGGACUUUCUAGAUUCAUUGAUGGGUCGAACCUCGGGCUACGACGCACGAAUACGACCGAAUUUCAAAGGUCCGCCCGUCAACGUCACCUGCAACAUCUUCAUCAACAGCUUUGGUUCCAUCGCAGAGACCACCAUGGACUACAGGGUGAACAUCUUCCUGCGGCAGAAGUGGAACGACCCGCGGCUGGCCUACAGCAAGUACCCCGACUCCUCCCUGGACCUGGACCCCUCCAUGCUGGACUCCAUCUGGAAGCCCGACCUCUUCUUCGCCAACGAGAAGGGCGCCAACUUCCACGACGUCACCACCGACAACAAGCUGCUGAGGAUCUUCAAGGACGGCACGGUCCUGUACAGCAUCAGGUGGGCUGCUGCCGGGGGGGCGGGCCCGUUGUCAUAGGAACCAGCCGCACCA